GUUACGUCACGCCGCGCUCGCCCGCCCGCCCGCCCGCUCGGCCGCCCGCCUUGCUGGGGGCGCUGAGGUAAGAGCAGGGUGACGCCGCCGCGCUUGUCUGCUUGCUUUCCUGCCGGCAUGUUUGUUCCUUGCGACCGUGGCGGCGGCCCCGCCUGCUCGGACUUCGAAGGCUUCACUCUGCUCGUGGGUGAGAAUUCCAGUACAGGCUGUGAAGUAGCAAACCAUUAUUUUUCCUACUACCAGCAGUGUCAGUGGGAAAUGUUGGUCAACUGGCAAUAGACCUAGUGAUUUCAACGCUUGACAUGACUAAAGUUGGCUACUUCUACACUGAUUGUCUUGUGCCAAUGGUUGGGAAUAAUCCAUAUGCAACUGCAGAAGAAAACUCAACGGAGCUGAGUAUAAAUGCUGAAGUGUAUACAUUACCUUCAAGGAAACUUGUAGUUCUGCAGAUCAGAUCACCUUUUAUAAAGAACAAGUACAGGCCGUUCUCUCAAGCACUGCUUUCUUGGGUGCAAACCAGCAAAUGUGCCAGAGUUAUUCUUCUGUCUAGCAGCCAUGCAUACCAACGUGAUGAUGAGCAACUUCUUGGGACUCCACUACGCUACCUACUUACACCUGCUCUUGAGAAGUCAGUGGAAGGCCUUAUGCAGGGAUUAAAAUGGAAAGAAAUGGAAAAAGUAGCAGCUUACCCUGGAAUAAAUGAUACAGAGAAAGUUUUACAUAUACCUGGAGGUGGCAUCACAAAACUGUUGUUUACUGAGUGUUGUUCAAAAGGAAUCCAAAUGGCGAUUGUUCUGAAGUUUUGCUCUGAAGGGGACAAUAUCCCUGAUGCAUUUGCUCUUGUUAACUAUCUUAAUGAAUGGCUCCAGCUAAUUAAAAGUGAAAGCAGCAAUUCUACAACUACUUCUUCACAAUGGAAAAUACCAAGUUCUUGGAGCUUACUUUUUGGCAGUGGUCUUCCACCUGCACUCUUCUGAUUAGUUUUGGAUUUUUGUGUAGGUCACCUGUAUACAUGUAGCAUCCCUUGAGAAGAUGAUUGCCUAGUAAUUGCCAAGCAACAGCAGCUUAAUCUGUUAUGAACAUAAAUAUUCUUUAUUUAAGAAGAAAAUUCCUUUUGCAUAUGUGGCUAGCUAAAGAAAUUUGGCUAACUUUCACUUAUUGAUCAAAGAAAUAUGUUUUGUACAGUUGUUUAUGGGAAUUCUGUUUUUAAUAAAAAUAUUUGGGGAAAAAAACA